UCUCCAGAGUGGAGGGAGGCGAGCGAAAGAGAGUGCAGCUGGAGUUGUGGUCCGCUCGCUACGCCCGUCAGAAGUGUGUUUCAGCUCCACGCUCUGUCUCUCUGCACAGCGACGCCAAGAUCAUGCAGCCAGCCUGAGGUUACGGCUCAUCUGAGGGGAAGGUGGCAUCUCGCUUUGAGGAGGACUGAGGGGGAGAAGAAGACUGAUCAGUUGCAGAGAGAGAGAGAAACACAGAGAGAGAGAGAGGGGGGAUAAAACUGAAAGACCCCCCUUUCUCCUCCUCACCUCACUAAACAGAGCAAAAACGGAAGGCUUUGGAGUAUUCAAUUUUUUCUUUCGUUUUAUAUUUUUCUUAUUCCUCAUCGCGGUGCUGGGAGGUGCUUCAUCUUUUCACAUAGUCUCCCUCUCUGUCAUCUGCCUCCUCAUCUACUUCUCCAUCUAUGUGGUGUAUAAUUUCUUAUAUCCAUGAAUGUGAGAAAGGAGAGGGGAGUUUUGAUUUGAUUUUUGUCCUUUUCCCUGUCCCUCCUCACUCUUUCCCCACGUCCUUCCACCAAACCACCAUCCCUGUCACUUCCUGUCAUUUUACCUCUAAAUACCACUUAUCAGUUCACGAUCUCUCCCAUCUCACACCUCUCUCUGUCUCUAUAAACUCUGAUGUGAUAUGAAGUUGGAUGAAUUUUCUUCAGAGACAACUAAAAACUCCUCAUGAAUGACUCUUUUUUUGUUGUUUUUUUUUCCUUCUCUCUUGGUCCCUCCACACCCAUUUUCUUUGCAUCACACUCUUGCGGGAUUCUUUAAUGUUACCUCUAGGUAGGUUAACUAUCGUUUAGUGUCUGUCUAUCUGUCCGUCUGUGUGUAUUUGUGUGUGCUUUACGUAUACAUAAAACACACAUCAACACACACAUGCACUCGCACACUAAACUGAAGCCUCAGAAAAAAGGUUGAUCGCCGAGUGCCUUUUGAUCUGGUCUCGCGCCGCUUUCGCACGCUCCUCAUCCAUCCAUCUCAUUGUGAAAACCUUUAUGUUGUUUUUUAAAUCUAUGCCUCUUUUUUAUCUAUAUCUUUAAGUCCCUCCUUUUCAUUUAGUAAACUAUAGACGUGUGUUAUAAACGUUUUUUUGCAAAUCAUUUUGUGCAAAAGUUUUUGCCAUGUAGCCUAAAAUAAAUUAGAACAAACAUUUAUUCAGAUGCUUGCUGACUUCUGAACUGCUGGUCAUGUGAAGUCAUUCAAGUUGCUCCUCAUUUCAUGCUUAAUUUGUGCUGCGUCUCCAUCAGCAGCUAUUAUUUCUGUUCCAGCCUCCUCCUCCCGCUGCCUCUCACGCACACAAUCUUAAAUAUUUCCAAGAAUCGAAACCCCACUGCAUCUGCAUGCUCUCCUCCCACCUUCAUGCACAUCCAGACAUUGAGUUUCUCCAAAUUUCUCGAAGCCGUUCCACCUUUGCUUUGCCCCAUCCUACAUGCAACAGAGACCAGGUGGCAUUAGCAGGCUGAUGAUUUCGCAGACCGUGUGCUUUGGCGGGGCUCUCGACAGCAUGUGCAGGUUGUAGAGAGACCGAUAGACAGAUGUAAACAGAUAGAAAUGAAUCUCCCAUUUCCCUCAUCGCCUUUGUCUUCUCCUCUGUCACGGCUUCAACCUCUUCUUUAUGUUUUUGUUUGAUGCUUCCUCUGUACUUCUCUCUGCUGCAGCUUCUAGUCUAUUUUCCAUUCAGCCUACACUGACAUGGACAGUAAGCUGAAAUCGCCUGCACGCUCAACCUGAGGGCAGACUUGUAGCUUAGGCCUACACCAGCUUACGUUCUUGUGGACCGCUGAAGGGGGGCUUAAUAAAUCCCUCUUGAAUUUAGAUGGGGGGGAUGUCGUCAUGAAGAAACAUGAAGGACCCCCACCACAUCUUGUUUUGCUCUGUCUUUUGCUUUUUGUCUAAACUCUGCUCCAGUGUUAAAACAUCUCCACUCCAGUCUAUAAAUUAUGUUUUGCAGAAAAAAAGUUAAUUAGAUCGAGAACAAUCGAGAAGGAGAUCGGGCCGGCAAGCUCCUGAUCAUGACUGGCUAAAUUAAGCAGAACCACAGAAGUGACAGAACGCCAAAGAAGAAAGAAGGGGAGAGCGACGAAGAGGAGUACAUAUAGACACAGUGCUCCUCAUCUCCACAGCAACAGCGCUCACACUCCAGCAGACUUCUGGAGGGAGGCUUCAGCUCAAUCACCAUCUUUGGUGGGAAGGGAACGGCGGUUGGAGGGAGAGAGACCAAUGAAAAGACUUCAGCUCAUCCAUUCCUAUGUCUUAUGAUCUAGUCACUUCAAAUCUGCUCACCUGUACAGACAUUUUAGGUUAAUUGUCAGUUUCUAAGACUUCUGAAAUCUUGGAAAAAAAAGAGAUCAGUCAGUCUGGAACUCAUUUCUGACACACACCAUCCUCCUUCCCUCUAAUAGUUCAGAAGCCCCUCGCCCUUCCACCUUCACCCAACCCAAGUUCACUCCUGUGUCCACCAGACUUCUGUCUUCUGUGCGCAAAUUUAUCUGUCUACAUCUAAAUCCCUUCAUCUGAGGCUAUGAGAGGAGGGUUCACAUCGCAGGCCACUCCAUCAUGCCCGUUCUGAAGAGCAGAGAGGAGAUCCAGGCUGGCAAUGUUCAAGGGACGGCAUUUACAAUUCUCCACGAUGCUUGUCAGCCUCCACCAUUCUCCCUCCCAUCUUCAGGACAAGUGUUUGGUGUCUCCCUCCUCAACUCGGCACUCUCCUCCUCCUCUGGACCAGUCGUGCCAUCACUCUCAACGCCAGCCACGGCUCACCCUGCCCUUUCUGUCCUUGUCCUUGUCUCUGCUCCUACUCUCCGUACUCCUGUUGCCCAUCUGCGAACCCCGGAGAGUUGGGGGUCCAGGAACGGGGCCUGGAGGUUCCCCAGGUGGACAAGGAGGUCAGAGAGGAGGCGGAAACCAGAGGGGCGCUGUUAUCCCUCCUCAUUACUCUCCGGGUUCGCCAGCACUUCCUCCUAACGCCCCCAAACUGAUCAGCUCGCUCAGCAUUGCCGUCAUCCUGGUGGGCAAUUCCAGUGAAGUAACCCUUGGUGCAGGACUUGAGAAAGAGGACUUCCUCCACAUCCCUUAUCCCCCUAAAGUUGAGGUGGUCACCAUGAAUGAGACGGACCCAAAGAGCAUCAUUAACCGGAUCUGUGCGCAGAUGAUGAGGAACUCUCUACAAGGCGUAGUGUUUGGUGACGACACGGACCAGGAGGCCAUCGCUCAGAUCCUGGACUUCAUCUCUGCUCAGACACACAUUCCCAUCCUGGGGAUCCGAGGGGGAUCGUCCAUGGUCAUGGCUGCCAAGGAUGACCACUCCAUGUUCUUCCAGUUUGGCCCCUCCAUUGAGCAGCAGGCGUCCGUCAUGUUGAACAUUAUGGAGGAGUAUGACUGGUACAUCUUUUCUAUCGUCACCACAUACUACCCCGGGUACCAGGACUUUAUCAACAAGGUACGCAGCACAAUUGAGAACAGCUUUGUGGGUUGGGAGCUUGAAGAAGUCAUCAUAUUAGACAUGUCUGUGGAUGAUGGAGACUCCAAGAUCCAGAAUCAGAUGAAGAAGCUGCAGAGUCCAGUUAUCCUGCUCUACUGCACCAAGGAGGAAGCGACCACCAUUUUUGAAGUGGCCCACUCUGUAGGCCUGACAGGUUAUGGCUACACCUGGAUCGUACCUUCGCUGGUGGCCGGUGAUGCAGACCACGUUCCAUCUGUCUUCCCUAUAGGGCUCAUCUCUGUGUCAUAUGACGAAUGGGACUACAACAUCGAGGCCAGAGUACGUGACGCAGUGGCUGUCAUUGCCACGGCAACCUCAACCAUGAUGUUGGACCGAGGGAAACAGACCCUGCAGAAGUCCAGUUGCCUCGGGACGCCUGACAAAAAGGGCUCCAGCAUCGGCCACUCCAAGGAAAUCUUAAAGUACGUCAUGAACGUGACAUUUGAAGGUCGAAACCUGUCAUUUAGCGAAAAAGGCCACCAGAUGUUCCCUAAACUAGUCAUAAUACUUCUCGACAAGGACCGGCAAUGGGACAGGGUUGGCAAGUGGGAAAGAGGCUCAUUGACGAUGAGGUACCAUGUGUGGCCUCGUUUCGAGCUGUACUCUGACGUGGAGGAGCGGGAGGACCACCUGUCCAUCGUGACUCUGGAGGAGGCGCCGUUUGUCAUUGUGGAGGACGUGGAUCCACUCAGUGGGACAUGCAUGAGGAACACUGUGCCGUGUCGGAAACAGCUGAAACUCAGCAAUCACACAGGCGAUUCAGGGAUUUACAUCAAACGCUGCUGUAAAGGCUUCUGUAUCGACAUCCUGAAAAAGAUUGCGAAAACUGUCAAGUUCACUUACGACCUGUAUUUAGUUACCAAUGGUAAACACGGCAAGAAGGUUAAUGGGACCUGGAACGGCAUGGUGGGAGAGGUGGUGGCAAAGAAUGCUCACAUGGCCGUCGGUUCCCUCACCAUCAACGAGGAGAGGUCAGAGGUCAUCGACUUCUCCGUGCCAUUCAUCGAGACGGGUAUCAGUGUCAUGGUCUCCCGCAGCAACGGCACCGUCUCCCCCUCUGCCUUUCUAGAGCCCUUCAGCGCUGAUGUCUGGGUCAUGAUGUUUGUGAUGCUGCUGAUCGUGUCGGCCGUGGCUGUCUUUGUGUUCGAGUACUUCAGCCCGGUGGGUUACAAUCGCUGUCUGGCAGACGGACGAGAACCCGGCGGUCCCUCCUUCACCAUCGGCAAGGCCGUCUGGCUGCUGUGGGGCCUGGUUUUCAACAACUCCGUUCCUGUGCAGAAUCCCAAAGGCACCACGAGUAAGAUCAUGGUGUCAGUGUGGGCCUUCUUCGCUGUCAUCUUUCUGGCCUCCUACACUGCCAAUCUGGCUGCCUUCAUGAUCCAGGAGGAAUAUGUGGACCAGGUGUCGGGCUUGUCAGACAAAAAGUUCCAGAAGCCGAAUGAGUUCUCUCCGCCUUUCCGGUUUGGUACUGUGCCCAACGGGAGCACAGAGCGCAACAUCCGCAACAACUACAGAGACAUGCACGCCUACAUGACCAGCUUCCACCAGAAGAAUGUAGAUGAAGCCCUGUACAGCCUGAAGACUGGGAAACUGGAUGCCUUCAUCUAUGACGCAGCAGUGCUAAACUAUAUGGCUGGCAGGGAUGAGGGCUGUAAGCUGGUAACCAUUGGGAGCGGCAAAGUGUUCGCCUCCACAGGCUACGGCAUCGCCAUCCAGAAGGACUCGGGUUGGAAACGAGCCGUGGAUCUGGCUAUCCUCAUGUUGUUUGGAGAUGGUGAUAUGGAGGAGUUCGAGGCCCUGUGGCUGACAGGAAUCUGUCACAACGAGAAGAACGAGGUGAUGAGCAGCCAGCUGGACGUAGACAACAUGGCAGGGGUCUUCUACAUGCUCGGGGCUGCCAUGGUUCUGUCACUGAUCACCUUCAUCUGUGAACAUUUGUUCUACUGGCAGCUGCGUUUCUGCUUCAUGGGCGUGUGCUCGGGGAAGCCCGGGGUCACGUUCUCCAUCAGCAGAGGUAUCUACAGCUGCAUCCAUGGGGUACAUAUCGAAGAAAACAAGUCAACCAUUGACUCACCAUCUUCUACCAUAAAGAAGAACAUGAACAACACCCACUCCAACAUCCUACGGUUACUUCGAACUGCUAAGGACAUGACUGCAGUCCCAGGCGUUAAUGGCUCUCCACAUGCAGCCCUAGAGUAUAGCCACAGUAGCCGUGAAGCGGCCAUCUAUGACAUCCAGAAGCACCGGCAUAGCCUAGUGGGUCACCCUGCAGAUUGUAAGUCUGCUCCGCCCUAUCUUCCAGAGGAUCCCAUGUUCAGUGAUUAUAUCAGCGAGGUGGAGAGGACUUUUGGCAACAUGCCCCUGAAGGACAGCAACCUCUACCAGGACCAUUACCGGCACCACCACCCGGCCUCGGCUCUGGGUAUGUCCGGCCCCCCACCCAAUAGGCCGCGUAGCUUAGGCAGCGCUAGCUCAUUGGAAGGUGGCAUGUUCGAUGCUGACAGUUUGGGGGGAGGGGUAGCACCCAUUUUCACCACCCAGCCCCGCCCCUCAAUGACUCACAGGAAUACAAGUAAAUUUGACCUGAUUGCAGGCCACGCCGCUGCAGAUACCAAUCAGGGUGGGUUCAAAGGAAGCAAUGUUUACGGGAGGUUUUCUUUCAAAGGAGGAGCAUCCAGCACUGGGCUCAUCGGGGGACACGACAGGUACUGUGGUGGGGGAGGGGGAGGCUCAGGGGGUGACGAUGGGAAUAUUCGCUCUGAUGUGUCGGACAUCUCCACGCACACUGUUACCUAUGGAAACCUGGAGGGCAGCACCAAGAGGCGUAAGCAGUACAGGGACAGCCUGAAAAAGAGGCCAGCCUCCGCGAAGGUCAGACGGGAGCAGGACGAGAUAGAGCUGAACGCCUUCAGGAAGAGACCCCACCACCACACCGUCCACCACCACUUCCCCCAUGGGCCUCUGGCACACCGCCCGGUCUCACCUCCCCUGGAGCGGAAGAGGGGAGGAGGAACGGGUAAUUCUUCACCUUACAUAUUCCGCAAAGACAAAGACAACCUGAGGGAUUUCUAUGCGGACCAGUUCCGCUCCAAGGAGGGCAAGGCCAAGUGGGAGCAAGAGGGUGGAAGUGGAGGAAGCGGUGCAGGCGGUGGUAGUGGUGGUGGUAUCUGUAAAAGCUUAGUGCCUGUGGAAGACUUCCUCAAAGGUAAAGGGAAGAAAACAGAGUGCAAAGGUGGCAUUGGUGGAAUGUCAGCAGGGCAACAGGCUCAUACUUGCUGGGAGAAAGGAGUUUCUGGCCUUGGAGGGGGAGGAAUAGCAGGGGGUGACUGGGAGUGUCGUAACUGCCACACUGUUUGUCAUCACAGUGGAGGAGGAGGCAGCACGUGCUCAGCUAGUGGAGUUGGGGGGAGUGGCAGUCGCCCCAGCUCUGCUACGCUCUGCAAACGCUGUGACUCCUGCAAGAUACAGCCAAGCAACCUUUAUAACAUCAGUGAGGAUAACAACAUGAUUUUUAGUGGUGUGAAGAGCAGCAUAGGACCUAGUCAGACACAGACUCAGACACAGCGCAGGAAACUAGGGCCAGGUGGGAAGGUGUUACAGAGGCAGCACUCUUACGAUACAUUUGUAGAUCUGCAGAGAGAGGGAGCUGGUCGCAUGGGUGGGGUUGGAGGCGGUAUUGGCGGGCAGUUUGUUCAGCCCCGAAGUGUGAGUUUGAAAGAAAAAGACCGUUACAUGGAGGGCCCCAGUCCCUAUGCACACAUGUUUGAGAGAUAUUCGGGUGAAAGGGAAUCUCCCAUGUUUGGGGGAAUAGGUGGGGAUAGAGCAGCAGGAGGGUCCUCCUUCAGUUUGUACCGUGGAGGAGAAGGUGGGUUGCAUCGACGUUCAGUGGGGGAGAGAGACCUGAGGGACAGAGACAGAAAUAUGAUGGGAGGAGGGGGCUGUGGUGGUGGUGGUGGUGGUGGUGGUGGUAACAGAGGGGCUGGGACUUACUCCUUGUCUAAAUCUCUUUACCCAGAUAAGGUGAACCAGAACCCCUUCAUCCCAACCUUCGGUGACGACCAGUGUCUAUUACACGGUGCCAAACCGUACUACAUCAAAAAGCCACAGACGCAGCAGCAGCAACUUCUCAACAACAGCCGAGGAGGAGGGGACUUCCGCGGCUCCAUGGGAGCGACUUCCUAUUUGCCCGCAUCUGCCACAGCUGGGGUGAUGUCCAAUGUGGCCACAAGGUACCCCAAAGAGCUGUGCCUGGGUGGGGUGGGAGGACCCAUGGGGAACCACCACGGGGCCAACAAACUGCUGUCCGGAGGCAGGGACACGUUAGGUCUGGGACAGGGACAGAGACCCUUCAAUGGUGCCAAUGGACACGUUUAUGAAAAGCUCUCGAGCAUUGAGUCAGAUGUCUGAGACUGGUCAGAGGAAGAAAGGGAGAGAUAGAGAAGAUGAAGUGGGUGAAGAAAAGAGUGGAAGAGGACAAAAGCUAAUGACUUCUCUAUGUGAAGAGAAUGAGGGUACACAACAGUGUGUGUUGUUCUCGGUCUUCUAAAGGAGAGGUUCUGGACAAAACACAGAGGCCUCUGCCACAUAAAGUUUGGCAAAGUUCAAAGUGAGAGAAGUUUUUAAUGAGACGAAAGGAUUCUGGUGCUGCUCCAACGCUUGAGCGAUCUGAAGGGAAGAGAAAGGAGGGUUGGAGGGAGUGGGAAAAGGUGAGAUCAAUUCUCCAGGCUCUGCUCUCCUCACAUCCUUAUGGUCUUUCCCUCCUUCCUGCAGUCUGUCCAAACAUUUUGUUUAGCAACUGAUAUACAAUCAUGAAUGAGAAAUCUACACUUCUGCCGAAGUAACAGGGUAAACUAACAAUAAUUGUAUUGAUGAUGUUAAUAAUAUUAUUGAAUAUUAUUCUAGUGUUUAAUGAUGAUGAUCAGUUUGUAUUGUUUUAUAUUAUUAUUAUUAUUAUUAUUAUUACUAUUAUUAUUAUUAUCAUUAUUUGAUUUAUUGAAAUAGUUAAUGUUAUAUAUUUGUAUGAUCUUAAUUCUUUCUUAGUUCGCCAACAUUACAGGAGGCUGGGCAACCAGUUCACCGAUAUUUGUUGGUUUUCUGUAUCUUCUUUCCUAUAAAUUCUUCAUGUUUUACUUUUUUAACUUUUCUUACUUUGACUGCAGUGAAUUGUAUGUAAGAGGCAUGAUAAGCUGAGAGCAUUAAAUGUACUUUUAAAUUUGUGAUAAUUUUUUUUUUCAACUGCAGAAUCAACAUCAUCAUACUGAUUUGCGGUUUUUGUUACUUGCUUCGCCAGUACCAAAAGGGUUUCUCAAUUUGUGCUGGAUGUGCCUUAAUGGGACUUACACUGAUUUUCUAUCCAUUUUCUUUUGAUAGGAAGAUCCUCUUGCAAUCAGUCAACUGAUUUGGGAGCAAAGAUACACGAGAAAAACGUUCAAUAUUAUAGUUUUAGUUUCAUCUGGUGCCAUUAAACUAAGCUUGCAGUGAACAAAUUGAAAGACACCAUGGGCAUUAGAUCAAGAGGAAAUAUAUUACAACAUUCCUUUAUUUUUAACACUUCAGUUAACAUAACUAUGGGAGACUUAUUUUAUUUAAAUAAUGUAUUGAACCCAAGCUCCUUAUACGAAAUGAUCAAGAAACUACCAAAGUCAAUAUAAUCUUUAUCGCUUAAUGGAAAACCACAGAGAUCUAGCAUUACUUACUGUUUUUAUACAUUACAAAAAAUAUUGUUACACAUUUAUUUUAAGUAAAAUCAGAAAUAAUACUUAGUUGCAAUGUAUCAUUAAGAUAACGAGGCUACUACAGCCACAUGCAAGUAUGGGAAUAAAGGCUGGAAAGAGUGAGAUAACAGUCCUUCUGGUUCUUUCUAAAGAUAGAAAAAUGACUUGUCCAGCAUCUCUGAAGUUUACUAAUUAAUAUUGAAUAAGACAGUUUUGUUUGCAAGUUUAAAAAAAAGAGCAAAAUAUUGCUGCCUAUAUAUCAAGUAUGUAGGCAGUUAUCCAAAUGUUAGUUGUGUAAUGUUAGUUGUGUAACUGAAAAAUACAUGAGCAAACAUUAUGAUUUGUCCUGUGCUGGGAGAGGGGGAGUCCAACACCAUUGACUCUUUAAGAAAAUGGCUGCUUUAAUAUUCCCCAAUUCUUGAAGAUAAUGAUAAAAACAGACCAUAGCUGUUCUCUCAGUCGGUGUCUGCAAAGUGUUUACUUUUGCAGAUGAAACAAUUAAAAUGUUGAGAAAACAAGGACUUUUUCUGUUACCGCAGUACUGUAGACAUAAACUGUAAGAAACAAAACAGCUGCCUGACAGUCUGUUUCAAGUCAGCAUGGAAUCCAUUAAGGUUUUAUUUCCUUUUCUAAUUUGAGAAACAUCUACUUAUACGGACAACGUGUAACUAAUAAACAAGUUGUUAGCAGCAUUAUCCGAGGUCAGUAAAUCACUGUACACACAUUGAAUACAAGAAUAAGUUGCAUGAUCAGAGGUGCAAAAAUGUUGUGCCUUGUGAUGGAUUUGCAGUCCUUCUAUGCAUAUUUUCUAUUUCCUUGCUCAGAUGUAAUCUUUCAGACUCAAACUCCCAAAGCUCUCAGUGCUUUAAAAAAGAAAAAAAAAA